AUGCCGGAGCUGACGCUGCAGUCGGCAGCCCACAUCUGCCGUGCGUCUGAGAACGUUGUGCAGCAGGUGACGGCAGCGCCGGCCCAGGGCGUCAGACGGGUUCCCGACGCCCGUGUACGGGGUGUCUCGGCGCGCUGUUUGCCACGGGUCGAGCUGCAGCUUUAUCGACCGGGCGGAGGCGGAACGACCACGACCUACUGGACGCCCGACACCGGAGCUGAGACGUCGGCUGUGUCGCUGCGGUAUGCCGAGAGGUUCGGCAUCAGCCGGAGCAAUCUGACGCCACCGACAACCAGGCUGCUCAGCGCGGACAGCAGGGAGAUGCAGUGUUUCGGCACCUGCAGCCUCACACUUCAGCUCGGGCGAGUUCAACACACCGUGGAGGCGGCGGUCGUGAAGAUGCUGAAUGGCCCGUUGCUCUCGUGGCACGACAGCAUCAAGCUCGGCAUUCUUCCCGAGAACUACCCUCAGCAGAUAAAGGCGAUGACGAUGACUGCAGCUGCUGGAGAUGCUGUUGGAGAUGCUGCUGGAGUUGCUGCUGAAGAGGAUGUCGACCGGGAGGAGGCCGAUGACGACCAUAGAUCUUCAACACGAGAUAGCCGAUGUGUGAAGACAACGACGCAGAAGAUGCCGCCGCGGUGGAAUCCCAAGACGGUGGGAGCGGCAUCUCGCGGAGUACCGCCGCUCCACGACAGACAGGAGCACUUCAGCCAAAUGAAGGCCGCCUUCCCGCGGGUGUUUGAUGCUUCAGGUCCCCUGCGGGAGAUGGCUGGCGGAACAAUGAAGAUCGAGCUCACGGAAGAUGCCGUCCCGCUCGCGACCCACGCCCCUCGCGCCAUCCCGUUCUGUUGGCUGCCCAAGACGUCAGAGAACGGAGCGGUGUCUGGAUGUCGCCUGACUGUCGACUUCACCAGGCUGAACAAGUUCGUAAAGAGACCCGUGCAUCCCGUGAGAAGCACGCACGACGCGGUGGCAUCCAUCGGCACAGAGGCCAGAUUCUUCACCAAGCUCGACGCAAAGGCCGGCUAUCAUCAGAUCCCCAUCAGAGAGGAGGACGAGGACCUCACCACCUUCAUAACGCCGUGGGGACGGCUCCGGUUCCGGAGGGCGGCCAUGGGACUGGUCUCCUCUGGUGACGUCUGCAGCCAGAGAGGCGACCAAGCCCUGGGAGACGUGCCACGGACUUGCAAGAUCGUCGAUGACGUCAUCGCAUGGGACUCCGACUACAACGGCCAUCUGCGGCACGUCUGGAACAUCCUCGCCCGCUGUGAAGACAACGGAAUCACUCUCAACACGAAGAAGUGUGUCUUAGCGGCGGAAACAGUCGACUUCUGUGGCUUCACAGUCGGAACCAGUGGCUACACGCCGGACAGUAAGAAGACGGCGGCGGUCUCCAAUUUCCCACAGCCGGAGUGUCUGACGGAUCUCAGGUCCUUCCUCGGCCUGGUCCAUCAGAUGGGAGCGUUCUCUCCAGACGAAGCGCGCGCCGCAGAGCCGCUGCGUCAGCUCCUCCGUCCACGGAACGCAUGGCUGUGGACGGAAGAGCACACCAAGGCCUUCAACGAGGUCAAGACGGUGCUGGUAAAGCCGCCGGUUCUGGGUUUCUUCGACCCGAAUAGGAGGACGGUCCUUGAGACAGACGCAGCACGCCUGAAGGGCCUCGGUUUUUGUCUCAGGCAGCAAGAUAAAGCAGGAAACUGGCGCCUGAUCCAGUGUGGAUCACGCUUCCUGACAGACACGGAAACAAGGUACGCCGUAAUCGAAGUCGAGAUGUUGGCCAUUGUCUGGGCCAUGAGGAAGUGUGCCAUCUACCUGCAAGGGAUGCAGAAGUUUGAAGUCGCUACCGAUCACCGGCCACUCAACCCCAUUCUGAACGGGGAGAGUCUACAGGAUGUUGCCAAUCCUCGUCUCCGUCGCCUGCGGGAGUGCCUGGCGCCCUACAACUGCGUGGCAGUAUGGAGGCAGGGGAAGCUGCACGCCAUUCCCGACGCCCUGUUGAGGCACCCGGUCGAGAAGCCCACUGGAGAUGACGAGACCACCGGAAAGGAGAUCUCCUGCCAGCUCUCCAGCAUGGCGAUCCAUGCUGUGACCAGCACCGACGGAGAUGGGACAGCUGCAUCACCGUUCGAGGACACGGCGCUGUCGGCGGUGCAAGCGGCUUCAGAGCGCGAUCCUGAGAUCUUGGCCCUCAAAGAAGCCGUGCUGUCUGGCUUCCCUGACCACAAGUCCGAAGCAGACCCACAAGUUCGACCAUACUGCAACAUGCGGGAUCGACUGGCGGUAGACGGUGACCUGGUCAUCUGCGGACAGCGGAUCGUCGUCCCCAGCAGCCUGCGACGGGACGUUCUGGAGAAGCUGCAUGCCAGCCAUCAGGGGAAGAAAGAACAAAAAGAAGAGCGAGACAGGUGGUCUACUGGCCAGGUAUUCGCGUCGACUGGAGUGCCCAGUGUGCUCCUGAGCGACGAAAGACCCCAGUUUGCGGCCAAGAAGACCAGAGACUUCCUGGCCAAGUGGGGUGUCGAGCACCAGCUGUCCUCGCCGCAUUACCCUCAGGCGAAUGGGCACGCGGAAGCAACAGUGAAAGCCGUCAAGAGGCUCCUCAAGAAGCUGGGUCAACACGUGCUGCUCCAAGACCCCCGCAUCGGCCUCUGGGACAGCACCGGUGUCAUCAGCGGAGUCAGCCAGCAGCGCCGCAGCUUCCUGAUCCGCGCACCAUCUGGACGCGUAUACUGA